AUGUGUGCUUGGGGUUAUGCUGGUCCUUAUAAUUGCCUUUCUUGUUAUGGUUGUAUGGAGAGCUGUGAUCAUCUCUUCUUUCACUGUGGAUUUAGCAGACGGAUAUGGUAUUCUGUCAUUCUUGAUUGUGGGUUUUCUAAUCCUCCUUUUGAUUGGGAUUCAGUUGUGGUGUGGUGUGUUGCUAAGCUUAAGGGUAAAAGUCUCAAAGUUUGCCUUGCUAAGCUUUGCCUAGGUGCUUGCAUCUAUCAUCUCUGGAGACAAAGGAAUGCCCUGCUUCAUGGUAACUGCCCUCGGUCCGAGGAAGCUAUUGUCAGCCAGAUUAGAUGGGAGGUGCGAUCCAGGAUUUUGGCUAGGAGAUCGGUUCAGAUUGAUGAUAAGGAUAGGCCUCUUAUUAACUUUGUUGCUGCUUGUAGUGUUGUUUUCCUUGUUGCUGGGUUGGGUUUGUGUAUCCAGUAUUUACUGGAGUGA